AUGGCUGACAAAGUGCUUGCUGCAAAAGAACUUGAGGUAGACUCUAAGUCUGAAACUGAGUCUAAAAGCAAGGUCAGUUCAAAUGAUUCUACAAGUGAGUCAGGAUCUACUCCAGCUUCCACCCCGUUAGCAACGAACCAUGGGAUAAACCCUGAUCUCACCGGAGAGAAUGUAGAUGAAACAAUGUAUCGUUCUAUGAUCGGUUCGCUAAUGUAUUUGACAGCUUCAAGACCCGAUAUCAUUAUGAAGCUUUUAUCGGUGUCGGAGGAAAUUCUUGACGUUGAUGAGGGAGAUACUGUUGAAAAUGCUGAAAAGCAAUCUGCAAUGGAUACAACCGCUCCUCGUCGAAAAGGAGACUACCUUGCAUGGACGAAAGACGAGGAGUGCACGUUGGCACGUGCGUGGCUAGAUAUAUCGGAGGCCCCCGAUGUUGCAAAUUACCAAAUAUCACCGGUUUUUUGGCAAAAGAUUCGUGAAACAUUCUUUGAAGCUAUGGGGAAAGACGAGGAGUACCGCAAACAAGAUUCUAUUUCGAGCAAAUGGACCGAUAUCAACUGGAAAUGCCAUCAGUUUCAAGAGGUCUUUCAACGCAAUUGGGACAACAGGGAAAGCGGCAAAAAUGGUGCUAAUGUUAUAACAAAAGCGUUGGAAGAAUACAAUCAUACGACAAGAAGUUUCACUUAUUUUAGAUGUUGGGAGCUUUUAAGAGGAAGUCCCAAAUGGGCAAACGUACUGACGAUGACGUCUAGCGUAAGACGUAAAUCAAAGCGGUCCAAAACAUCAUCAUCGGUUGACCCAAACACACCAACCUCAUAUGCUCGCAACGUUGAUUUAAAUAUUAUUGUAGACGACGAGGAAGAUUUGGAGUUGGAACGACCACGGGGUAGAAGAAGUGCCAAAAAUAAGGGAAGAAAGCGGAGUCCUCUUCUUCUAAUCAAGAAAUAUUGA